AUGCGAAGUAUCCUCUUGUUUCUACUAAUCGGUGCUGACAUUUAUAAUGUUCACAUAAACAGUAUUCCGUUGAACGAAAAUAGACUUCCACAAUAUCCACCCUUCGCUGGACCACCACCCGCAUUCGGACCACCUCCACAAUUCGGGCCACCCCCACCACUCGGACAACAACCAGAAUUCCCACCACAUCCACCAUUCGGACAACCACCACUAUUCGUUCCACCGCCACAGCCCGCACCACCUCCACCAUUCGGACAACCACCACAAUUCCUUCCACCGCCAUCGAAUGGGCAACCUCCACACUUUGAGCCACCGCCAUCAGGUGGGCAACCUCCACAAUUCGUUCCACCGCCAUCGAAUGGGCAACCACCACAAUUCGUUCCACCGCCAUCGAAUGGGCAACCUCCACACUUUGAGCCACCGCCAUCAGGUGGGCAACCUCCACAAUUCGUUCCACCGCCAUCGAAUGGGCAACCUCCACAAUAUGGACCACCUCCACAAUUCUCACCACCGCCAUCAGGUGGGCAACCUCCACACUUUGAGCCACCGCCAUCAGGUGGGCAACCUCCACAAUUCGUUCCACCGCCAUCGAAUGGGCAACCACCACAAUUCGUUCCACCGCCAUCGAAUGGGCAACCUCCACACUUUGAGCCACCGCCAUCAGGUGGGCAACCUCCACAAUUCGUUCCACCGCCAUCGAAUGGGCAACCUCCACAAUAUGGACCACCUCCACAAUUCUCACCACCACCAUCUGAUGGGCGAACUCCUCAGUUACCACCACCCCCUCCUCCAGGAUCCCCACAGGGAUCUGCACCGAUGUACCAACCACCUUCAGGUGGACAGUCCCCUCCAUUCGGACCACCAAUGCUCGGCAAUGACGGAUCGAAACCCUCACCUCCAGCUGAAUCUGAACACCCAUCAGCGGAGAAAUAA